CUUUUUCUGUCACAAGUCCGCCAUGUCUGCACAGAAGGUGAUCGCGUGUUUGGCGAUUGUGCUGGUCGCUGUGAUCGAAGCCGAUUGCUGGCCCACAGCCGCCGCCCCGGACCCGAGUCCCGAAAACGAGAUCUACGCGAACAAUUACAGCGUCGAGUCGCAGAACUGCACGAUCGGGUACGGGGAUCCCGGCGACAGGUUGGUCCUCCUUGAAACCAUCACCGUGAAAGGCAGCGGUACGCAAGUCAGGAAUGUCACGAAGCUGUUCAACCGGAGGCAAUGGGAGAUGAUCACUAUGAUCCAGGCCGUCGAUCAGAAACCGAAAGACAACGCGUCGUGCGCCAUGCUGAUCAACAGUGGGCCCGGAUUCGUCAGCGUCACCUUCAAGUUCAAGAGCCAGAAGGGCCUGGGGAUCAACUAUUAUCUCGAGAUCUACGCUCUGCCGGCCAAAUAGUUCCGAUCCUGGCGGCGGCCAUUCUUCUCCUUCUUCUAUUGUAUUCAACUAGUCGAACGUGUUUAGACGAGAACACUAUUUAUUUGCAUGCGUCGCGUUGCAUUCGAUGCGCUCUAAUCUCGGACGAAUCUAAGAUCGUACUUGUUACCGUGAAUCUCGAUUAUAACGCUAAAUCGUGUUGCAAUUAUGUGAAGACAAUAAACGUCUGAAAACGUUGCAGGAAA